GCCCCUGCCAUGUCCGAGGAGUCGGCCCCGGGCCCCAAAGAGAGCCCGUCAGCGGCGCCGCUGGCAGGCUCCCGCGAGGCGUGGAAGAAGGGCGGCCGCCUGCUGUCGGUGCUGCUGGCCGUGAACGUGCUGCUUCUCGCCUGCACGCUCAUCAGUGGCGGCGCCUUCAACAAGGUAGCGGUGUAUGACACCGACGUGUUCGCGCUGCUCACCACCAUGAUGCUGCUCGCCUCCCUCUGGAUCCUCUUCUACCUCCUCCGGACCGUGCGCUGCCCCGACGCCGUCCCCUAUCGGGACGCGCACGCCGGCCCCAUCUGGCUCCGAGGUGGGCUGGUGCUGUUUGGGAUCUGCACUCUUGUCAUGGAUGUCUUCAAGACUGGCUACUACUCCAGUUUCUUUGAGUGCCAGUCGGCCAUCAAGAUCCUGCACCCUCUCACCCAGGCUGUGUUUGUCAUCAUCCAGACGUACUUUCUCUGGGUCUCCUCUAAAGACUGCAUUCACGUCCAUCUGGAUCUGACCCGGUGUGGUCUCAUGUUCACCCUCACCACCAACCUGGCCAUCUGGAUGGCAGCCGUAGUGGACGAGUCCGUGCACCAGACCCACUCCUAUGAUAGUUCCCACAGCAACGCUAGCCACCUUCGCCUCACUCCUGACCGUGAGUCGGGCAGCUCGGUGGGAGGAGACUGUUCCUGCAACACAGCCAUCUGCCAGAUCUUCCAGCAGGGCUACUUCUACCUGUAUCCCUUCAACAUUGAGUAUAGCCUGUUUGCUUCCACCAUGCUGUAUGUCAUGUGGAAGAAUGUGGGCAGGCUGCUGGCCUCCUCCACCCACGGCCACGGCCACGGCCACACGCCGUCCCGGGUCAGCCUCUUCCGGGAGACCCUUUUCGCUGGCCCGAUCCUGGGCCUGAUGCUCCUCGUUGUGGGGCUGGCCGUCUUCAUCAUCUAUGAGGUCCAAGUGAGUGGGGAGGGGGGCCGCACCCAGCAGGCCCUGGUCAUCUACUACAGCUUCAACAUCAUCUGUCUGGGGCUUAUGACCUUGGUCAGCCUGAGCGGCUCAGUCAUCUACCGUUUUGAUCGCCGGGCCAUGGAUCACCAUAAGAACCCCACUCGAACCCUGGAUGUGGCGCUGCUGGUGGGUGCUGCCCUGGGCCAGUAUGCUAUCUCCUACUACUCUCUCGUAGCCGUGGUGGUGGGCACACCCAGGGACCUACUGGGGGGGCUCAACCUAGCCCACGCUCUGCUCAUGAUCGCCCAGCACACCUUCCAGAACGUGUUCAUCAUCGAGAGCCUCCACCGGGGACCACCCGGGGCUGAACCUCAUGAUACCACCCCCAAAGAGUCCUGCCAUGGCCUUACCUUUGCCAACCUGGAUGCCCUCCACACCUUGCCUGCCUGCCCACCCACUCCCAGGCUGGUUGGCAUCAACCCAGUGGGCCCUCAGGAAGCAAUGGCUAUCAUCUUGGCCCCCAGGGGCCACUGGAGACGCCGGUGCCUGAAGGACAUUUCUCUGUUUCUCCUGCUCUGCAAUGUCAUUCUGUGGAUCAUGCCUGCCUUCGGAGCCCGCCCUCACUUCAGCAACACUGUGGAGGUGGACUUCUAUGGCUACUCGCUCUGGGCAGCCAUCGUCAAUAUCUGCCUGCCCUUCGGCAUCUUCUACCGUAUGCAUGCUGUCUCCAGCCUGUUGGAGGUCUACGUGUUGUCCUGA